CUAUCGAGUACCAGAACUGUGAAUGCAACGCUUCUUCUCCACCACGGCCAGGAUGAGUUCCAAGCGGAUUAGCUUCAAAGUGGACGGCUACGUUCAGGGCGUCAACUUUAGAUCCUUCACCCAGAAACAAGCGAACAAGUUGGGCCUCACUGGCUUUGUCAGAAACGCAUCCGAUGGCACUGUGCAAGGCGAGGCUCAAGGAAGCGACGAGACGCUCGAGGACUUCCUGCAGCAUCUCCACUCGGGUCCUCGGGCUGCCACCGUGACGGGCGUCGAGCAUUCAGAUAUGCCCACCAAGGCUGGGGAGAGCAACUUUUCCGUUGUCAGAUAGAGCCACAAUCAUAGCUUUUCAUGUCCGGCUGUGUCUUACGACUAGCUCCUAGUAUUCGUGCAUUUCCGUCGACGCGUACUGUCCUCUAGCUCGUAUGAGGCACGGAGUAACCAAGGGGCAAAAUUCUAUAUGACUUAUUCUUACUGUAAGUAUUUAGUACUAUCUCGUCCCUGCCGACCGAGUCCUGGGUGGGUAUCAGUGCAAGUCGGGCUGCUGUGAACAUGCUUUUGCUUUUCUAGCUCUGCCUGUCCAACAAGCCAGUACCUGUAAGAAGAAGUCCGAG